AUGGCUUCAUUUCUGACCAUCGUCGUCCCCGAUUCCGCUGAUGCAGGGGACACGCAAGGUCCUGUGCCAUCUGCCAUGGCGAAGUACCUGGAACUCCUGGGCCCGAUAUCUGGCCAACGUACACCCAGUGUGUGGGUGGGACAUCAAGUCGAGAAUCCGAAUACCGUCCAAGCCAUGAUCAGUCAGUUUGUCCAUGGCCCAUCUCCGGAUCAGCUAGAUCUCUAACGUUUUGGGUAGACCUGGAUGUCCAAAACGACAAGCUACAACAGGCUCUCCAGGAGCAUGGCACCUCCAUGAACUCCACCACCAGUCUCCUCGUGGACAAAGUCUCAGGCCACGAUGCAGGUGAAGCGCUAUCUGCGCCGGUCACCGAGCUGGUAACCGUAUCAUUCAUCCAGGAUCCGCCAGCGCCCAGGUACCGAGAAGACCUCGGCGCAUUCUGCCGUGUGUUGGGAUCAGCUGCUGGUUGUGUCGGCCGGGCCUACGGAUUGACUCGCGAGACUAUUGCCACGAAUGGAGGAGAGGGCUAUGCAGCACUGCUGAUGAUCGGAUGGACCAGCGUGGAGGCUCAUUUGCGUUUCAAAGCAACUCCGGUAUGGACGGAGAACAUUCAUCUCGUCCGAGCUCCAGGAGCCUCCAUAGAGAUGCACCAUGUAGAGUUUGCACAUAUGUAG